ACCUGAACGGUAGUAGCAACGAUAACGACAACUAUGGCAGAUACCGCACCAGCCGCCGCUCCCAAGAGCCCCAAGAAGAAGGCAGCAGCGAAGCCCAAGAAGCCAGCAGAGCAUCCUAAAUACAUCGACAUGGUUCUGGACGCCAUCAAGAACCUGAAAGAGAGGAAAGGUUCCUCCCGCCAGGCCAUCUUGAAGUACGUCAUGAGCAAGUUCAAGGUCGGAAACGACGCCACUAAAGUCAACUCCAGGAUCAAGGUGGCACUGAAAAAUGGCGUCAAGAGCAAAGCAUUGAAGCAGAGCAAAGGUGUCGGCGCUCAGGGAAGAUUCAGCGUUGGAGAGAAGAAAGCCGCUGUGAAGAAACCCAAGGCUGUCAAACCAAAGGCAGCAGCAAAGAAACCCAAGGCGAAAAAACCCAAGGCAGCCAAAAAGCCAGCAGGCGAGAAGGCUAAGAAGGUGAAGAAAUCUCCAGCAAAGGCCAAGUCACCAAAGAAGGCCGCCAAACCCAAAGCUGCAAAGAAAUCUCCCAAGAAACCUAAGGCAGCCAAGCCCAAGAAGGCAAAGUCACCUAAGAAGGCAGCCAAGCCCAAGAAGGCCAAGACCCCCAAGAAGGGAGCAUCAAAGAAGUAAACGUUCUCUAUGAGAACAGCCUGCGUUCAGCAGUAUUCAAACAAAAGCCCUUUUUAGGGCUACCAAAUUUUUCGAAAAGAUGCCUUAUAUAACACGCAGAGAAACGUACAUAUGGUUUAUAAGAAGCAAACUCAAUUUUUGUAGUUUGAUACACUUUGUUUUCAAACUUCAAAAAUAAGUUUUCUUCACUGUUUUGUUGGGAUGAAAACGCAUGGGCUUGUCACGAGUUUUAUUUGUCUUCAUGAUUUUAUAGUAAUGGGGUGGGUUAAAGGGAAAAAAAGUCUGACGAGUGUUAGCACGCGAGAAAGAAGGGAUUGUCUUUUGUGCCCGCCAUAAAAGCAAAAUAUUUAUAAUAAAUAAUAUAUGUUGCAUGCGCGGAUCCAGAAUUCUUCCCAGGAUGGAAUGGGGUCAGAAAUGUUGUUGUUUCGGGAGGGGGUGAAGGCAUUUCCAAUAACUUAUCGAAUUUAGUAAGAUGAUUUUCUGAGAUCCGCGCAUGAAAUUUACUUAGUUGUUGAUGAGAGUUAUCUUUCGUGACACAAAAUUUCCGGAAUACAUUUUCGAUAUCGGUCUAACUUUUACAGUAAUUUUGUGUAUAAAAAGCGAAUUCCUUGGCUAAUUCUGGAGGGAAAACUGAAUUUUCAAAAACACGAAUGAAGAAGCAGGUUUUCCCUGCACCAAGAUUGGAAAG